CUAAACUAGCUCACUCGCUUAUGUGACUGCCCAUACUUCGCUGUCUUACAGUAUAAAAUUGAUUCUUCUACCAGCCGACUUUAUUUGAAGAGUAGAAAAAUAAAAUAAAAAAAAAACAUUGGAACUGCAAAUCCAUGGCGGAAAACAUGAGCUUGGCAAUCGAUCCAAGGAGUGGCUUUUUCCGGUCCAAUUCUACCUUCUACAGCAAGCGCAAACCCAUUCCACUCCCCAAGAACGACUCCCUCGAUGUCACCACAUUUAUCUCGGCUCGGGCGCACCACGGUAAAGUUGCCUUUAUCGACGCCGCUACCGGCCGCCAUCUCACCUUCUCGGAGCUUUGGAGGGCUGUUGAUUCCGUCGCCACGUGUCUUUCCGACAUGGGAAUCCGGAAAGGCCAUGUGGUUCUACUCCUUUCACCCAACUCCAUCUUCUUCCCCAUUGUUUGCCUCUCUGUUAUGUCCCUGGGCGCUAUCAUAACGACCACCAACCCUCUCAACACGGCUAAUGAAAUCGGGAAACAAGUCGCCGAUUCUAAGCCAGUUCUCGCCUUCACUAUUCCUCAACUCCUCCCUAAAUUAGCAGGCUCCACCAUCCCGAUCGUGCUUCUAGAAGAUCACGUGAGCAGUCAGGCUGGGGAAGCGAAGAUUGUAACAACUUUACAUCAGAUGAUGAAGAGGGAACCGAGUGGGAGUCGAGUGAGGGACCAAGUCAACCAGGAUGACACGGCGACUCUGCUUUAUUCCUCUGGUACGACAGGUGCUAGCAAGGGAGUGGUUUCAUCUCAUAGAAAUCUUAUAGCCAUGGUACAAACGGUUAUAAACAGGUUCAGCAUAGAAGUAGGAGAAAAGUUCAUCUGCACGGUUCCUAUGUUUCACAUCUACGGCUUAGUAGCCUUUGCCACUGGGCUGUUGGCCUCUGGAUCAACGGUCAUAGUUUUAUCGAAGUUCGAGAUGCACGACAUGCUAUCAACCAUCGAGAAGUACCGGGCAACCUACCUACCUCUGGUGCCACCAAUUUUGGUGGCGAUGGUAAACGCCGCCGAUCAGAUACGGAAGAAGUACGAUCUGAGUUCGUUGCAUUCGGCGUUGUCAGGUGGGGCACCGCUUAGUAAAGAAGUGAUUGAGGGUUUUCUGGAGAAGUAUCCGAAUGUAAAGAUUCUUCAAGGGUACGGCUUGACUGAGUCAACUGGGAUUGGUGCGUCGACGGACUCAUUGGAAGAGAGCCGAAAGUAUGGUACGGCGGGGAUGUUGUCGCCUAGCAUGGAGGCUAAGGUUGUGGACCCGGAUAGUGGUAAGGCUUUGAACGUGAACCAGACGGGUGAGCUUUGGCUUAGGGGCCCCUCCGUUAUGAAAGGUUAUUUCAGUAAUCCAGAAGCAACGACGUCGACACUUGACUCGGACGGAUGGCUGAGGACUGGCGACUUAUGCUAUAUUGAUGAGGAUGGCUUCAUAUUUAUAGUUGACAGGUUGAAGGAGCUGAUUAAGUUCAAGGGAUAUCAGGUUCCUCCUGCAGAGCUUGAGGCAUUGCUCCUUUCCCAUCCGGAUAUCUUAGAUGCUGCGGUUAUUCCGUUUCCUGAUAGGGAGGUUGGUCAGUUUCCGAUGGCAUACGUGGUAAGAAAACCCGGAAGCAAUUUAUCGGAGACAGGAGUGAUGGAUUUCGUGGGUAGACAGGUUGCCCCAUAUAAAAGAAUUCGGAAAGUGGCAUUUGUAGCUUCAAUACCCAAGAAUCCAUCUGGCAAGAUUCUUAGGAAGGAUCUUAUAAAGCUCGCCACCUCCAAACUUUGAACAACAUCUAUAAUUUGUGAAACACCACCACUACUUGAUGCUUCUGCCUGAGUUCGUGGCCCUUUUUUUCUAAUUUAUGCUAUAAUAGAUUUUCUUUUGCUUGUUUAUUAUGAUUUUAUUGUGUUAAUUUGGAACUAGCAAAUGGAAGUUUGAAAUAAGAAGAUUUGGUAUAAA